AUGUCGACGUCUACAUUCACUGAAUUCCACAUCAGACAAGAAAUCACAGGCUAUGCCUUCAAAGUAUCUUCCACGACCGACAUACUUGCUCUGAUUGUCGUCUUCUUGCACCUCGCCAUGGCUGUCAUUCACACGCUCCGCUUGGUUAUCCGGCGGCGUAGUUCCAGCUGCUGGGACUCCAUACCCGAGUUGCUAACGCUUACUCAACAGUCAAGUCCCUCUGAAGUUGCUUUGAAGAACACGACAACGAGGAUUCAUCGAAUGAGUGGAGCUGGUCUUUGA